AUGGCGACCGUCGGCCUCGAUUUGGGCGGCUUCUCCAGCAAGGUGUGCGUGUCGUGGCCCGGCAACGAUUCCAUCGAGCUGCACGUGAACCGGCUGUCGAAUCGCGAGACUCCGACGAUAGUCGCGUACGACAAGCGCAUUAGGUGCGUUUUUGAGCGUGGAAGGCUGACCGGCUGCAGGCUUUACGGUGAGGAGGCCGACCUGAGGAGCACCAGCCUCUUCAACUCGUCCUUGUGCCUGCUGCCUUACACCGUCAAUCUGUCCGAGGAACCGGUGCUGAGCCUGAUCAACGCUCGCCGUUACCUCUUCUCGCUUCCCGUGGAUGAGGCCUCUACGGACCUUGCCUUUACUGUGACCUUCGACGACCAGCAAUGUGCAGUCCAGCCGCGCGACGUGUUCGCGUUUUUCGUGAACCGUCUGCUGGAUACCGUGCGCAAGCAGCUCGGCGUGGCGGACCCCCGCGCCAACGACCAGAUCCAGCUAUCGGUCCCCGUUCCGCAGUACUUCACCCAGGACCAACACGUGGCCAUAUACAGGGCACUGGCAGCUUGGGGUUUCGGGCGUAUCCGCCUGUACAAGCAGAGUGAGUGCCUGUUGCGCCGCUGGUGCGACUCGCACCUGCCGGACGUGUUCACCGAGUUCACGUCUUCCACCGGCCAGCCCAAGAUGCACGUGGCCUUCCUGGACGUCGGCUUCUGCCACUGCACGUUCUUCGUGGCCGAGGUGACCAAGGGCGACGAGCUGGAAUACCGCAUCGUGGCGGAGGAGUCGAACGACGCCGUCGGCACGUACCAGAUGGUGGAGCAGCUGGCCAACUUCGUGUGCGGCUCCAUCAAGGAUAAACACGGCGUCGACCUGCAGCCGCCGUCCAGACAGGCGUUCAACGUCUACAAGGCGUGCGCCAAGGCGCUGAAGGAGCUCAGCGUGGUGGCUGACGUGAAGAUCGACUGCGAGCGCGUGCUGGCGGACGGCGACGACUUUUCAACGGUGCUUACGCGUGUUGAUUUCGAGGAUAUGUGUGACCCCUUAAAGGGCACUUUGCAAGGCAUGAUGGACCGCGUGCUGGCGCAUGUGGAACCUGGCAGCCUGCUGGCCAUUGAGACCAUCGGCGGUGGUUCUCGCGUCCCGUUCGUGCGUCUUUUGGCUACGGAAGCGGCCAAAUCUCUGGGCGCAACGCAGGUGGUGAGGAUGUCGUUGGACUCCACGUCCGCCACCGCGAGCGGCGCUGUGUGCCUGGCCAGGGCAGACGCGCCGUCGCUGCUGGAGGUUGCAGGCGCCGCUGUAGCCCUCGAGGAAUCCGAGGCCAAAGCUGCCCUCGCGCGUGACGAUGUGUUCAGCGUGGUGGAGUCCGAGGAGUUCCGCAAGCGGUCGGUGCUGAACGAGGUCGACCAGUACAUCAUCAAGACGAGGAACGACGCCCGCGGCGCCUUCAGCCAGCAGCUGCAACUGGACGAGGUGGAACCGUUCCUGAGCGCGCUGGACGACUUCGCGCUGAGCGCCGCCAGCGACAAGGGCGUGAGCGCGUCGGCGUGCGAAUCGCAACUGAACGCGUGCCGCGACAAGGUGCGCGAGCGCUGCCCUGCGUACGUGCAGGCGCUGGAGGAGGCCGAGAAGGCCAAAGCCGCCGAGAUCGAGCGUUCCGCCAUGGCCCCGGACUUCUCCUCGGUGUCCGAGGUGAACAUGGACGUGACGCUGCCGAAGGCCACCUGCCUGAAGCGCGCCGCCAAGAACAGGUUGGAGGGGAACGCGCUGUUCUCCGGCGGCAACAUCGAGAUGGCCGCGCAGCACUACGUGAAGGCGCUGCAGUACUGCUCGAAGGUGAGCGGCCCCGACGAUGAGGAGCGGGCGGAGCUUGAUUCGCUGAAGCUGGCGAGCAACCUCAACUUGGCCAUGUGCUACAUCAAGAUGGGCACGGAAGCGAGCUACAGGAAGGCGGUCAGCUGCUGCUCGCAGGCGCUGGAGUUAAGCCCCGACAACACGAAGGCCAUCUACCGCCGCGCCUUCGCCUACGACAAGCUCAACGAGCUCGAUAACGCCCUGGCCGACGCGCGCCUGGGCGUCUCCAAAUUCCCCGACGCCGCCGAUUUGAAGCAGUUGCUCGCCGUUUUGGAAAAGAAGGCCAAGCUGCAGGAGGACCGCGUGAAGAAACGCGACUACUCGUACCUGUUGAAGGCCGACCGUCUCGCGCGGAGGCUGAAGGCGGCGCUGUUCUUCGCCCACACGGCAGCUCGCUCGCAGAAGGCGCGUGCAUCUGCUGAAGACGCUGGGCACGCUAGCGCUGGCGGCACGGCGGUUUUGCGGCGCUGGUUGCCCGAGCCCGCCGGCGACCUGGAGGCGGUCGUCAGGACGGCGUACUACUGCCAGACGCAGCUGGAGCAGCUUCACGGCGAGAAGGACCUCAACCGCAAAGCUGAGGCGCUGAAGGACACGCUGAAGCUGUUAGACAGCGUUUAA